AUGACAACCAAAGUUAACAGAGAUUGGUUUUAUAAAUUAGCAUCUGAUUUACCAGAGGAAAGGCUACAAUCUGCUGUAGGACUCAUAAAUGAAUUAUCCGACUUACCUUUACCUGAAUGCAAUGAAGAAUGGUCAUAUGUAUUGAACAGAUUAAUUAAAGGGUUAGCAUCAGAUAGAAAUAGUGCUAGAUUAGGGUUUUCUCUGUGUCUUACCGAAGUUAUAAACCUAGCCAUUAAAUCAGGACCAAAAAAGGCACCGGAUUGUUUAAAAAGCAUCAACAUGUUUUUGAGCCUUUUAUCUACAACUCUAAUGGUAGAUAGUUCAACUAAGGCUUCAUCUACCAAUAACAACCGUAAAAAAAAAGGAAAAGAGGAAAGAGGUUCAUUAUUUGGGAAAUUAUUUGGAUUACAAACGUUAUUAGCUGAUCCACUUUUCGAUUUAGUAUUCUUCGAUGAUAAACAACAAGUUAAUGAUUUUUCUAUAACCUUUGUUAAAGAGUUAAUUGAUUUGGCGUUAAGAAAAAAUUGGAUUAAAGAAUCAUGUCUUUUCACUGUUUAUCAAACUGUUGAAAGACUGAUUAACAAACAGAAAAAUACAACAUUUGUUGAAAACAUAAUUUCUCUGUUAGAUGAGAAUAAUCUUACUUCAACUAAUGAGGGGUUAUCUAUCUAUCUUUUACUGGGAAAAUAUGACAUUUCUAUAAAACCUAAUCUGAGUCUAGAAAAUAAUGGUUGGAAAUUUAAUAACCCAUUGGCAAAAGGCAAUUUACCAAUUCUAGCCAAUGUCUUAAGAAAUAUCCCUAAUAAUAAUUCUGAAACAAAUGAUAACAAAAUUCAAUCUGCAAAUUGGUCACCUCGACUACAUUUUGUUUGGGAUGUCUUACUGUCUGAAUUGCUUCAUAAUAACACUAUGAUUACCGAGGCAGAACCUUCUUUAAAGAAACAAAAAAAGAAUAAUGGAGCUUCAAAGUCAAAUAAAAUGGCACUUAUUCAAUUUCCAGAAUUCUGGAAAGUGGUAGUAGAUGAGGGAUUUUUUAAUGAUAAAGCUUCAGGAGAAAGAAAAUAUCUUGGUUUUUUAAUUUUCAUGAAGGCAUUUCCAAUGGUAAAUUAUGAUCUAUUACCAACUUGUUUCAGUCAAAAUAUAAUGAGAUCAAUAAUUAAUCAAUCUAAUGAUUCAAAACGUCAGUUGCACAAAAUUUCACAAAAAGUACUUCAUUGCAUCAUAACUACCUGUGAAAAUAAUGUCGAGACAAGACUAGUACCAACACUCAAUGCAUUAUUAUUUAGUAAACAUGGGUCGAUCAACUUUGAUAAAUUAACUAAGACCAAAACCGUUAGUAAAUUAGUUGGUAUCAAAAAGAUUUCUAAUGAAACCCUAUCUCAACUGAUUAACCUAUUUCUUUCACAAGUUAAUACAUCCAACGACUUAAACCAUAUCCGGUUCAUAUUAGAUAUGGUAUUGCAUAUUAUUAGAAAUCAUAAAUCCGAUUUAACAAGUAACACAAAACAGGUUGUUUUACCUUUAUUAAGAGGUUUAGUGGGUUUCACCUAUUUUGUAAACGAUGAGAACUCCAGUAAAAAUUCUGGAAAGAAAAAACAAACUUUUAGUAAUACAAAUGAUAAAAAUUUGGAAUUAGAACAAAAUUUAUCAGAAUUGUCCCAGGAAAGGUUAUAUUCUAUAUUGUCUGAACUAACAAUUGUCCCUACAAAUGACAAGCAUUCAUGGCAAUACUAUGCCUUACAAAAUAUCCUUACUCUAGAAGAAUCAGCUAGUUUGAAAAAUCAAUUAGAUGAUUCUUUAUUAAAAGUAAAAAAAACUGCUUUAAAUAUAUUAAACAUAAUAUCAAAAGAUACUAAGGACCAUUCUAAAAAUAGGGGUCUGGAGGCAUUGCUGUCAAUCUGUUUAUUGCAACUUUACAGCAGUGAUACUGAAUCUGUGUCUACUAUUGAAGAAUUAUGUGCAUAUUAUAAUUCUAAAAAAACAGAAUCAUUCCUGGGUAUUACUGAAAUAUUAUUAAGUCUUCUAGCCCAGAAAAGAGCCAUUUUGUCUAAAACAUGCUUGCUUGUAUGGGAACAAUUUGUUCCAGAAAUCGGAAAAGAUGAAUUGCAAGUAAUUUUAGAUGUAUUACAAGCUAGAGAAAAUAAACAAGGUUUUGCACAGCUAUUUGAAGGCGCUGAUGAAUAUGAAGUUAUAGAAAGUGAUAAAGAAGAAGAAGAAGAAGAUACUGAUAACGAAGAUAAAAUGGAUGAAACUGAAGGAUCUGAUGAAGAUGAAUUAUCAGACUUAGAAGAAUCUGAAGACUCAUUUAAUGAGGAUGCUUUAGCAAUAGAUAGAGAAACCACUAGUGCGUUAGUAAAGGCUUUGAAUCUCCCUGAAAAUAUCGUUGGUGAGAAUGGUGAAGUCAAAUUCGAUGAGUUGGAUGAUUUUUCAGAGGCAAAUGAAGCGGAAGAAGAAGAAUCCAUGGAUGAUGAAAAAAUGAUGGAAUUGGAUGAUCAAUUAUCUGAAAUAUUUAAACGUAGAAAAGAAGCAUUAUCAAAAAUUCCCACUGGGCAUAAAAGAAAAUUAGAAGUAAGAGAUUCAAGAGAAACAGUUAUUGCAUUUAAGCAAAGAAUGGUAGAUCUUUUAUCAAUAUAUGUUAAGUAUGCUGAAAAAUUGGAUGAUAAUAUAGAAAACAAAGAUCAAAUACUACAAAAUUUGAUAAUGUUGAUAGAGCCAAUGAUUAAAUGUGUUCAAAAUACUCUGGACAGAUCAUUAGCAGAGAAGAUAUCCAAAUUAUUAAAAACCAGAUUAUUCAAGUUCAAAAUCACAUCAGUCAUCGAUUGUGCAAAAAUAUUAACUUUAUUAAAAACCAUUCACAACGAUUAUAUCUUGACUACUAAACCUGGUCAGUUCAACAACUUAUUUUAUUCUUUAUGUUCAAGUUCCUCUAUUUAUAUGAGCAAAAUAUUAGUGGAAAAUGUCGAAGAAAAUAAACAAGUCGAUGCAUUUAACGAUAUAAUUGAUUUAUAUACGGAGACAACAAAACAAUGGCUUAAGAAGGGGAAAUUUACUUCAUCUUUAUUCGGUGACUUCUUUAAUUGGCUUUCUUCAAAGAGACAAAAUUCCGAACAAACUUCUUAA